UGUAAAAGCACAUAUAUUAUUCUCAUUAUAAAUAGUUCUCAAUAUGGCAUCAACUUUAAUCAGUCUCAGUGUUCUGAUCAUAUCCUAAAAUUAGAUUCCUUUAUAAUCAAAAAUGAAGGACGAACAAGUUCUCCCUAUGAAAGGUGGUGUCGGCAACGGAAGCUAUGCAGAAAAUUCUUCAAUGGAAAAUGUGGUUAUUUCAAAGGUGAGAGGCAUAGUAGAAGAAGGUGCAUUGGAAGUUUAUGGUAAUAUAUUACCAGAUUGUAUGAGAAUAGCUGAAUUGGGUUGCUCUGUAGGGCCAAACUGUCUGGCUAUGCCAUCUUAUAUUUUGGAAGCAAUAAUGUCAUCAUUAAUAUCCUCUGAUCAUGAUCAUAUCAAAAAGAAGCUUAUUGAGCCAUUGACAUUUCAAGUGUUCCUUAAUGAUCUUCCUGGGAACGAUUUCAACACCAUCUUUCAAUCGCUUUCCAGCUUUUAUGAGAGGUUUGAUAAUAAUAAUAAUAAUAAUAAGGAAAUAAUAAUAAAGGGAGACAAGUUUGAUCAUCCUUGCUCAUGCUUUGUCAUGGCUAUGCCUGGGAGCUUCUAUGGAAGGCUUUUUCCUAAUAACUUUAUCCACUUGUUUCAUUCUUCUUACAGUUUACAUUGGCUCUCUAAGGUUCCAAAAGGGUUGAUUAGCUUGGAAACAGGAGAAGGACAUAACAAAAGGAAUAUAUAUAUUACAAAAACAAGUCCUGAUGUAGUUGCCAAAGCCUACUUAACUCAAUUUCAACAGGAUUUCACAACCUUUUUAAGGUUUCGUUCACAAGAAAUUGUGAGUGGGGGAUGUAUGGUAUUAACAAUGAUGGGCAGUAUUAUAAGCAAUGAUCCUAAACAUAAAAUGGAAAUAUUAGGAAGGGCUUUGGAUGACAUGGUCUCCCAGGGCAUAGUUGAAGCGAAAAGUUUGGCUAAUUUUAACAUACCAGUGUAUUGUCCUACUGCGAAGGAGGUGAGAGAAGUGAUUGAAGAAGAAGGAUCUUUUGAGUUACGAAAGCUUGAAGCUUUCCAGGUUGAUUGGGAUGCUGGGUUCAUAGAAGAAAAAGAAAAAAUUAACAACAACAAUAAUAUCAAUGAUUGGGAUGAUAUUGAUAAAUACAAUAGAGGGAAGUAUAUUUCAGACUACAUAAGAGCAAUUUUUGAGCCUAUGCUCGAAAAACAAUUUGGAAAAACUGUCAUGGAUGAUUUAUUUGAGAGGUUCACUCACAGGAUCAUCGAAUCAAUGGCCAAUGAAAAUUGGCACUACAUAAACUUGGUUAUGUCUUUGACAAAGAAUCAAUUAUCAGCUUAAAUAUCAAAUUAUAUAAGUUUACAUUUGGAGUACACAUACAUGCAUGGGAAAGCAUGUAUAUAUUAAUAUAAUUGUAAAAGACCAUAUGUUUUUGCAUAUGUCAAUAAAUUUCCUUGAUAAUAAUAAAGAAAAAUGUGGCCGUAACGAUUUGCGGUUACAGAAUAAAA